AUGACAGCAUACCAAAAUGACACCACCUCUGCUGAGGUUUCAGGCUUCCUCCUGAACUGUUUUGUCAGGUAUCCCAGCUGGCAACUCUGGCUGUCCCUGCCCCUCAGCUUCCUGUUCCUCCUAGCCAUGGGGGCCAAUGCUAUUCUUCUGACCACCAUCUGGCUGGAGGCCUCUCUUCAUGAACCCAUGUACUACCUCCUCAGUCUCCUUUCCUUGUUGGACAUUGUUAUCUGCCUCACUGUCAUCCCCAAGGUAAUAGCUAUCUUCUGGUUUGACCUCAGGUCUAUCAGCUUCUCUGCCUGCUUCAUUCAGAUGUUCAUUAUGAAUUGCUUCCUAGCUAUGGAGUCCUGCACAUUCAUGAUCAUGGCCUUCGAUCGCUAUAUAGCCAUCUGCCACCCACUGAGAUACCCAUCCAUCAUCACUGAGCAAUUUGUAGUCAGGGCCACCAUGUUUAUUUUGGCCAGGAAUGUCUUUAUCACUCUGCCCAUCCCCAUUCUCUCAUCACGACUCCAUUACUGUGGGAGAAAUAUCAUUGAGAACUGUAUCUGUGCCAAUAUGUAUGUUUCCAGACUGUCUUGUGACGACGUCACUCUCAAUCGUCUUUACCAGUUUGCUGGAGGCUGGACCCUGCUGGGAUCUGACCUCAUCCUCAUCUUCCUCUCCUAUACCCUCAUACUGAGAGCUGUGCUGAGACUCAAGGCAGAGGGCGCUGUGGCCAAAGCUCUAAGCACGUGUGGCUCCCACUUCAUCCUUAUCCUCUUCUUUAGCACCAUCCUUCUGGUCUUUGUUCUCACACAUGUGGCUAAGAGGAAGGUCUCCCCUGACGUGCCAGUCUUACUCAAUGUCCUCCACCAUGUCAUCCCUGCAGCCCUUAACCCAAUUGUGUAUGGGGUGAGAACGCAAGAGAUUAAACAAGGAAUCAAAAGAUUACUGAAGAAAGGGUGGUGA